GAUCUACAUGGAUUAUAAUGCUACUACUCCUUUGGAGCCGGAGGUGAUUCAGGCUGUUUCUGAAGCUCUCCGAGACGCCUGGGGAAACCCGAGUAGUAACUAUGUAGCAGGUGCCAUGGCCAAAGAUAUUAUCAAUCAGUCCAGACAGAAUGUGGCAAGAAUGGUUGGAGGAAAAGCAGAGGACAUUGUUUUUACAUCAGGUGGAACGGAGGCCAAUAAUCUGGUGCUGCACACGGCGUUGGAGCACUUCAGAAAGACGUGCAGGGCUGCAGGCGAAGACCAUCUAAAUGGAAGCAGUGGUCUACCUCACAUCAUCACCUCUAAUGUGGAGCAUGACUCCAUCAAACUCGCAGCAGAGCGCCUGCAGAUGGAUGGCAAGGCAGAUGUAACCUUUGUGUCCGUGUCUAAAGUGACAGCUCGUGUAGACGUGGAAGAUGUCAUGGCUGCGGUGCAUCCCAACACUUGUCUCAUUUCUGUCAUGCUGGCUAACAAUGAGACGGGCGUCAUUAUGCCGGUUCAAGAGAUCUGCCAGAAAGUAAAGAUGCUGAACAAGCAGCAGGAGCGCCUCAGGAUCCUGCUCCACACGGACGCUGCUCAGGCUCUCGGCAAAAUCCACGUGGACGUCCAGGAACUAGGAGUGGACUUCCUCACUAUAGUAGGACACAAGUUUUAUGGCCCUCGAAUUGGUGCUUUGUUUGUGAAUGGCCCCGGAACGGAAACCCCUCUGUAUCCGAUGCUGUUUGGAGGAGGACAGGAGAGGAACUUCAGACCAGGAACAGAAAACACACCCAUGAUUGCUGGUCUAGGAAAGGCUGCAGAACUGGUGACCUCUAAUCUGCCACAUUAUCAGAGUCAUAUGGAAAAUGUUAAAGAGUAUCUGGAAGAACAGCUGCAGAGUGUGUUUAAAGAUAAGAUCCACUUCAACAGCCAUUACCCCGACUCUGCUGUCCUUCCUAACACCAGUAACGUGUCCAUCCUGGGACCAGCACUACAAGGUUGGAGGGUUCUGUCCAGAUGUAGGAGGCUGUUAGCCAGCGUCGGUGCCGCCUGUCACACUGCCAGUGGAAACAGGCCUUCCCAUGUCCUCCUGAGCUGUGGCGUGGCGUCUGCAGUGGCGGCUAACGCCUUGAGGUUGAGCGUGGGCAGGGGGACGUCCAAAGAAGAUGUGGACGCAGUUGUGGAGGACCUGAGGGACACCGUGCAGCUACUGGAACUAAAGAACUGAUGGCUGCCUUUCACUCUUUGUACAUUUAAAUAAGGAUGAACUGCCACGCACUGUUUGUUACUUUUUACAUUACUUGAGCUUUUUAAUCUAUGAGGUGUUUAAUUUAAAUAAUAAAGCAGGAGAACU